AAGAAGAAAAACAAGACGCGGGAUAGCACAAUCUCCGUGAACCGGGUCGCCUACCGCAACUACGAAAUUGUUGAUACCAUUGAGGCUGGGAUAUCCUUGGUCGGCACCGAAGUCAAGUCGAUUCGCAACGGCAAACUCAACCUACGAGACGGUUAUAUUCGUCCCACUAAAGAUGGGCGAUCCUGCAUACUUUACAACGUGCACAUUGGCAAACACAGUCAGGCUGGGGCCUUCUUUCAGCAUGAAGAAACCCGACCCCGUGCUCUGUUGGUACACAAAGCCGAAGCCCGCAAGUUCCUUCAACAGACGGAACAACAAGGCAUGACCAUUGUGCCUUUGAAAGCCUACUACAAUGAUAAAAAUCGCGUCAAGUUGCAAAUUGCCUUGUGUCGGGGAAAAAAUGUACGUGACAAGCGGGUGACGAUCAAAGAGCGGGACGCCAAGCGGGAAGAACGGCGAAUCAUCAAAUCCUUUCGCGUAUAA